GGGAGGGAGCGGAGCCCCUCCGCGCGCUUCUUUUUUCUGUCCACUGCGGUCUGCACGGUGGCGACUUUCUAGCUUCGCCGACCAGGAAGGCGUUUGGGUUCCGCUCCCGCUCCAUCCGGGCCUCGGAGCCUCCUUUUUAAGAAACGGACCCAGAAUGCCCGUGCUUCUGGCCCCGCGUCUGCGUUUAAAGUUCACCCCUUCUUUGGAGCUAUUUUCCGACCUCCGCUCCGCAACGACCCCCCAAACCAAACCACCAACAACAAAAAAUCCAGCUUUGGGCCCAUUCUUUGGAGUCUCUAGCACGGAACUCCCACGCCGCUCCCCAGGGUCCAGACUAGCUGACCGCAAACAUUUGCGUGAGAGAAUCUUCCUUUGGCGGUGGUGGUGCGGAGAGGACGACAGGGAUGGAGGAAUGACUGGUCCUACCCCGCGAUAGCGCAUCACUCUAAACGCCGUUUAACCCUCCUCGUCCCCUAGCCCCAGAUGCUCUUCCUUGUUGGGAUCUACCACUUCCGUGGGGAAGGAGAUUCCGCCGUACCCCUCUUUGACCCUUCAGCCACCUCAAGACAGACCUGCUUCUGGUGAGAUACCCGUGGCCUGCCAUACUUUGAUACAAAGAUACUGACCUAUGUCCAUAAAUAGUACAUUAAAAGCGUUAUAACGGAUUGUCCCUUGUUUCCCGAGAGAGCAUCUUGCCUUCACUUCACCCACAGCCCUUGUGAACCGUCACAGUAUCUGGAAGCGUCUGGGAGUACGUGAGGGGGCUGCCGCCACCACAGGCGCCCGCAUGAACCAUGCUGGGCUGAAGGGAGCGGCACUGGCUUCCUCAGGCCUACUAGGCCUUCUGAGGGCUAAUGGGAACUCGUUAACCCCCAGGCCCCCCACCUUUGCCCGCUUGCUGCCCCAAGUGAAGCUAUUUGCUCCUAAUGCUGAGCAGAUGUACAUUGUUAAUCACUUGAAAGAGAGCCCAGCAGAAGAGAAAUGUCCUGGAGGAAGUGCCAGGAGAGCCCGUGGGGACAUACAAGAUUUGGCAGACCUGAACUCCAGCAAGCUUGAAGCUGUCAUUAUACCAGUGGUUUUGGGGUGGCCCAGGACUGCCCCAUCAGCGGUUCUGUGGAGGACUCCUUUGGCUGCAUUUCCCACAUGCUGGCAGCUGACACCUUCCUGCUGCGAAGUCACGGUAUCUUCUCUUCUGGUAGGUUCGAUGAUGCUGCCGGGGCCACUGCUGUGCAGAAGUCCAACUGUGCUCAGGGCUGCCGGGAGGGGUCUCCUGCCAGGCCACUGCCCACAGAGUGGCUCAGAGGUGGCCCCUCCACGGGAGCCAUGUGUAGAGAGAGGUUCUGUUUCGGCCCGGGAAGAACCAAAAACCAUGGAUUCCACCUAUGGAAGGUUCACAUUCUCACUGGGGAGGAGUGAGGAAGCACCGCUGGCCCAGGAUAGCCCCUAGGAACCACUAUUCUGCUCUGUUUCUGGGAGUUUGACAGUAAAGGAGAUGAUCUUCCAUAAUGCAGCUGGGCCUCAUCCAGUCAACAGAAGGUCAAAAGAACAGAAGACUGAGGCUUCCCAAAGAAGAAUUCCAUCUCAAGGCUCGAGUUUCCAGCCUGCUGGCUUUACAAAAAUUUUGCUUACCCGCCCCCUAAUCAUGGCACACGCGUGUUCUUCCUCUUGGGGACCCGCUGGACCCCGGGAGUUGCGGGGAAACACUGCAGUUACCAUCUGAGCUGGUGCUCUUGCUGCUCUGCCCUGGUUAGGCCCGAUUCUUCAUCACUGCCUGGCUUAGGCUCCUGGGCUGGGCACAGCAAGGAAGUCACUGUCUUUGGGUUUUCAGGACACCUGGAGUUUCCUUAGACUUCCUUUAUGCCGUCUAACCUCUGCCCACUGCCACCUAGACUCCCCCUCCCAGGUGUUGCUGGUGGCUGAACUUUUAGUUCAGAAUAAAACCAAGCCAUUUUAUUAAUUGUUGCAAAGCCUAGGAUGACAAAUGAGCCCCGACACUGAAACCUCUGAGCUGUCUAGAUUUUGACUAAAUCUUUGAACCCAAGGGCAAAUUUAUUUUGGAAAUUACUGACUUCUGAGAGGAAGAGGGAAUAGCAGAUGAAAUGCUGUAGACCUUAAGACACUACUGAUACUAC